GCGACGGGCAUGAGAAUAGGCUCUGUAUUUUCCUUUGAAGCGAAAAAUGUCAUCUUCCUUGCAUUGCAAUCAAGUCCUUAUCCAGCAACUGUUAUAAGGACGAGAGUCUACUGAAAAAAUUUAACAGAGCAUUCCCGAUGACGAAUUGCAGAGCUAUUCUUAUAAUUGCCUUGUUCGGCAUUGGAGUCUGCUGUGCUGCAGACCCAGAGAACAUCCGGGACCUGUGCCCCACAGCACCUGAUGCAAAGAAGAAGCCGCAGACAGUGUUCUUCAAUGGGUUGCCCUGCAAGAGCCCAUCGAUGAUAACCCCGUCAGACUUCAAGAGCUCCAAACUGGCAAGCCCCGGGGACACCGACAACUUCCACGGGUCCUCAGUGGGGAUCGUGACAGCAGCGGAUUUCGCAGGCCUCAACACGCUGGGGCUGUCGGUCGGGCGGAUGGACCUGGAGUUUGAUGGCAUUGUGAUGCCGCACAGCCACCCACGCGCGUCCGAGAUGCUGUUCGUGUCCAAGGGGUCGGUGAUCGCGGGCUUUGUCGACACCAAGAACCAGCCAUUCCAGGAGGCCCUGAAGGAAGGGGAUGUGUUCGUGGUUCCGAGGGGCCUCCUCCACUAUUGCUUCAACAUUGGGUACGAUUCGGCAACUAUCCUGUCCGUGUUCAACGGGCAGAACCCCGGCUCUGUCAGCAUUAGCGAUGCCAUGUUCGGACUAAACAUUCCAGCUCCAAACGUCGUCAACAAGUUACGCUCGACCUUGAGCCUGCAGAAGAAAUAAGAGAAUCUCUAUUAAUCGUAACUGCAGAGAGCAUACGAGAAUUUUAACACGUUUUAAAAGGCCUGCACCGCUGUAAUGUGCUUCGAACCAUCACUUUUUGCUGCUAUGCGAUACUAUGCUGUAAUGUUUAUUUGGGCACGAGUUCGAUUUGCUGUCUACAUAAGAUCUAGCAGGUACAUGUAUACGCGUGUGUGAUGCAAUCAAUGUGUGGAGUCAAGUGGACAUAUUUCAAUCUUCCAUGAUAAUUUAUCUA